CCAUAAAGACUUAUGUGUCCGAGUGUUUCCUCCCUCUCCGCAGUGAGCAUAACAUAACAGAGAGAGCAACUCUACAGAAGGCUCCAAUAAGGGAUUUCAUGAAGAUACCUGAUACAGCAAUUGAAAGGAACAUUGCAAAUUGGUGAUGCUGAGAAAGGGGGAGUGGGUUUGGCUGGACUCGGACACUGCAGUGCCCAUCGGGGCUAGGGUCAAAGUAACACCAAGCGGUCAGCGCUUACUGGUCGAUGAUGUGGGAAAGGAGCACAGUCUGUCGCCGGAGCAGGAAGCCUCCCUCAAGAUCAUGCACCCUACAUCAGUGGAGGGGGUGGACGACAUGAUCAAACUGGGGGACAUGACAGAGGCUGGCCUACUACGAAACCUGCUGCUACGCCACAAACAAGGACUCAUCUACACUUACACAGGCUCAGUGCUGGUGGCGGUGAACCCAUACCAAGUCUUUCCCAUCUAUUCAGAUGACCAGGUAAGACUGUACCGUGGAAAAAAGCUUGGAGAACUCCCUCCACACAUCUUUGCCAUCGCGGAAUCCUGCUACUUCAACAUGAAGCGCCAUUUUAGGAACCAGUGUUGCAUCAUCAGUGGAGAGUCUGGAGCAGGCAAAACUGAAAGCACCAAGUUGAUCUUGCAGUACUUGGCAGCAGUCAGCGGUGAGCUCUCUCAACAGCAGAUUGAAAAACAGAUCUUGGAGUCCAACCCAAUAUUGGAAGCUUUUGGAAACGCGAAGACCAUCAAGAAUGACAACUCCAGUCGUUUUGGAAAAUAUUUGGAGAUCUUCUUCAAUGAGGGUGGCGUGAUCGAGGGCGCUCGCGUGGAGCAGUACCUGUUGGAGAAAUCUCGUGUCUGCCGUCAGGCGCAGGAGGAGCGAAACUACCAUGUCUUCUACUUCAUGCUGGCAGGAAUCUCAGCAGAAGAGAAGAAAAAUCUGCAUCUCCAAAAUGCUAAGGACUACAUCUUCCUUACCAAGGGGGGCUGUAUCACAUGUGAAGCCAGGGAUGACGCCGCGGACUUGGGGCGUAUUCGAUCUGCUAUGAAAACUCUGAUGUUCUCAGAUCAGCAGUGUUAUGAGAUUCUCAAGCUGCUCGCAGCUAUAUUACACCUGGGAAACGUCUACUUUGAAGCUAACACCCAAAAUAACUUGGAAAGCAGCGAUGUCAGCAAAUCGGAGCAUUUCAGCAUUGCUGCAUCACUGCUCGAGGUCCCGAAUUCCGUGCUGGCCAGCAGUUUGACCCAUCGUUCCUUUAUGACCAACAGAGAGCGGGUGACCAAACCCCUUGACUGUGAGCAGGCCUCUGCAUGUAGAGAUGCCUUUGUAAAGGCAAUCUACAAUAAACUCUUCGUGUGGAUUGUUGGGAAAAUCAAUGGUGUCAUCCACAAAAGGAUUGCUGGCAACCCCAAAUCAUCAUUUCUGUCGAUCGGCCUGCUUGACAUAUUUGGCUUUGAGAACUUCCAGACUAACAGUUUUGAACAGUUGUGCAUAAACUUUGCAAAUGAGAAGCUGCAGCAGUUCUUUGUGGGUCACAUCUUCAAGCAGGAGCAGAAGGAAUAUCUGAAAGAAAACAUUGUGUGGAAUAACAUCAGCUUUGUUGACAAUCAGAAGAUUCUGGAUCUUCUGGCCGGGAAACCCUGCAACCUUCUGGCUCUGAUCGACGAGGAGAGCCACUUUCCAAAGGGCUCAGAUCUGACGAUGCUCAGCAAGAUGAAUGGGCAGCAUCGUGGAGACGAGACCUACAUCCCCUCCAAGAGGGAACGUGACACUGACUUUGGGAUUCACCAUUUUGCAGGCACUGUUUAUUAUGACUCCCAAGGGUUCCUUGAGAAGAAUAGAGACGCUGUAAGCUCUGACAUAUUCAAAAUGGUCGACAUGUCCUCCAACAAGCUGCUUCAGCAGAUUUUCAUGGUGGAGCUUUCAUUCAAUGGAAUCAAGAUGACAAAUAACAAGAGGGUCAUGAUCACACCCAGGAAUUCCAUGCGGUCCCCUACUGACACCCGCAAUCAAGUGCCAACCCUCAGCGGUCAGUUCCGGAAGUCUCUGGACGCCCUCAUGAAGGCUCUCUCUGCCUGCCAACCGUACUUCAUCCGCUGCUUCAAACCAAACAACAGCAAGCAGUCCGAGGACUUUGACCGGGAACUUUGCAUGCGUCAGCUGAACUACUCUGGCAUGAUGGAUACCAUCCGCAUCAGGGAACUGGGCUAUCCCGUUCGCCACACCUUUGCCGAAUUCUUGACUCGCUACAGAGUGCUCUUGAAGACAGCCAUCUGCGACCCCAAAACUAACACAGCUGCCGCCUGUUGUGACGCCAUCUGCCAGACAGCGUUUGCAGCACCUGACGAGUGGAAAAUCGGGAAGACCAAGAUCUUCCUGAAGGACGCUCAUGAUGCUGUCCUGGAACGCCUGAGGGAAGAAGAGCUCAGCAUGAAAGCUCUUGUGAUCCAGCGAUUCAUGCUGGGAUACAAGCACAGACGCUCUUUUCUGAAGAAGCGGAGGGCGGUUGUGGUGUUGCAGAAAAACUGGAGAGCUUACAGGGAGAAUAAAGCAGGAGAAAAGCUCCUGCGGGGUUUUGAACGCCUCGUGUCAAAGAUUCGCGGUCGGAAGCGUCAGUCCCUGUAUCAAAGGCAACGAGCCGCAACGCUCACUUUACAAACUCACGUGCGGGGUUACCGGGCGAGGAAGAGUUGGAAGCGUAAGAGAGAGGCAGUCAUACUGCUGCAGGCUUACACCAGAGGACUCCUGGCAAGACGGUCCUUUCCGGGAUUGAGGGUUGAGGGCCUCGCUGAGCUGCAUGCACCACAGGAGCGUGAAGCAGAAGAGGACAUUGCCUUGGAGCUUCAGCGGCAACUAGAAGAAGUCAUCAUUCAAGCUCAGCGAGCCGAUGAGGAGCUGGAGCCAAUCAGUGAGGUGGAUUUGGUGGAGGAUAAAAGCGGCGUGCCGCCCGUGCCUUUUGUGACGGUUACGUUGUGCGACGAAUUUGAAUCAGAGGAAAUGGAGAAAGCAGAGACCAGGUCUGAGAUAAGCAUUGCGGCCUCAGACACAGCGACCCUGACGCCGUCUCUCGAAGAAGAGGAGGAUGACUUUGAAGAUUUCACAGAGGAGUUUUCCUUCUACAACUUUAGCAUUCUUCACUUCCAGGGCGACGUGAGCCACACGCACAUAAACCAGAGGCUCAAGAAGCCUCUUCUCCAACACGACGACGAGGGCGACACAUUGGCGUGCCUGACCGUAUGGUGGAUUAUACUCCGAUUCAUGGGGGACCUGCAGGAGCCCAGAUCUCAGGAUGCGACUUCUCAGGUCUCCCUCAGCAUCUCUCGCCAUCUGCCUCACAGGCAGGCCAGGAGGCUGAGCAACCUGGUGGGACUCGACCAGAAAAUACUAAGGAAGAACAAGAAAAAACAUGGAAUCAGGAAAGCCUCUGCUAUUCCUGAGGAGCCCGAGAACGUCACAGAGGAUGAGGAUGUUUUGAUCGGAGAGGGUCCGACACUGGACAGGCCACUUUCCCCUCUGGAAAAACUGCACAUUAUUGUUGGAUACGCUCUGUCCAAACGAGGCAUAAGAGACGAGAUUUACUGUCAGAUCUGUAAGCAGCUGACGCAGAAUAGAAAGAGAACGAGCUGUAUGCAAGGAUGGGCCCUGCUCUCCAUCUGUCUGGGGAUCUUCCCCCCGACUGACCUCUUCAUCAAGUAUUUGGAGAGCUUUGUCCGCAGGGGGCCAAACGGUUACGCGGAAUAUUGUAGAAAGCGUCUGCAUCGCAUUAAAGCCAACGGAGAAAGAAAAGAGCUGCCCUGUUGGUUGGAACUGCAGGCUGCCAAAGCCAAGGAGCCUAUCGAAGUGACUGUGACUCUGACAGACGACAGGACUGUCAGCGUGCAGCUGGACUCGGCCUCCACCUCUGCAGAGGUCUGUCAAGCUGCGGCUGACAAGAUUCAUCUGCGAGACACUUACGGAUUCUCUCUCUACAUUCGCCUCUUUGAUAAAAUGUGGUCUCUGGGCAACUGUGGCGAGCAUGCGCUGGAUGCCGUGUCUCAGUGCGAGCAGGAGAUGAGGCGACGGGGCAAGCAGGAGAAGGACACCCCUGUGCAGUUUACCAUCCGCAAAGAGCUGUUCACGCCCUGGCACGACUGCUCUGAGGACUCCGUCAGCACCGAUCUCAUCUACAAGCAGGUCAUUCAGGCCGUCAAGUCGGGAGAGUACACUAGUGAACAGGAGGAUGAAUAUAUCCAGAUGGCAACAAAGCACUACUUCAUCCAGUUUGGCGCAGCAUACAGCAAAGAGAAUGUGCAGAGGGUUGUUGAGGACUGCAUCGCUAUACCUCUGAUUGAGAACAAGUCCAUGGCAAAAUGGAUCCAACUCAUCAGCUCAGCAUACUUGCAGGGUGCUUACACGAAGGGGACCAUGAGCAAAGAGAAUGUGAAAGGAGAACUAGUUGCCAGCGCUCGAGUGGAUUGGCCGCUCCACUUCUCCAAGUUUUACGAAGUUACGAAGAUGUCAGGACCCACGUUGCCCAAAAGCAGGUUUGUCAUGGCUGUAAACUGGAGCGGCAUCUUCUUCAUGGAUGGACAAGACAAGAAACUGCUCGAGCUACCUUACUUGGAGGUACAACAAGUCACGAAGUUGAGUGAGCAGUCGGUGAGUGUAGCCACAGUUCGAGGCGAAUUCGUCCUCACGUGUGGCAAAGCUGAUGACAUGGCUGCACUUGUAGGCCAAAACCUGAGUGGACUACGAGCCCGCUCGGCGUUCGCGCUGGCCCACCAUGAUUGCAAUAAAUCAGAUGAUCCCACAUUCCUGGUCUGUAAACAAGGAGACCUCUUGCUGGUAGAAAAUGAUCGAGGGUAUUCCUCUGACAAGAACCUGGUCAAAGCUACAAAUCAGAAGACAAAUAUCAGUGGUGCCAUCCAUAAGGACGCAUUUACGUUUCUCCCAACUCUCAGCAGACCCACGGAUGACAUGCUGGAGCUGCUCAGUCCAGGCCAGAGCAAAUCAUCCGCGGCACAAAGUGGGCCCCAGAGAGAAGAAACUGUUGCUCCUGUCUCUUUACGAGAGUUUGCGCUUGACAAUUUUCGACCUCUAGGUAAAGAAAGGCUAUGGGUGCGUACCAAAGAACUGCUGAAGCAGCCACUCAUGAAGAGCCUGGUCCGCAACUCUGAACUGAACUACCUCGCCUGCAAUGCUUUUACUGCUAUUUUGAAGUACAUGGGUGACUACCCCAUCAAACAGGUCCGCAGUCCGAUAGAGUUGACUGACCAGAUCUUCGGGCCAGCUGCGCAACACGAUCUUCUGCAGGAUGAGAUCUACUGCCAGAUCAUGAGACAGAUGACCAGUAAUGGCAACAGGUUGAGCAUGGAGCGUGGCUGGCAGCUCAUGUGGUUGUGUUCAGGGAUGUUCCCGCCCAGUCAGAAUUUGAUGAGACACACUCAGCGUUUCCUGGAGUCACGACCCCGAGAACCGCUGGCUGCAGGAUGUCUCCAGAGGCUGCAACAGAUGCGCAGUAAGGAGCCCAGGAAACAUCCUCCUCCUCUGGUUGAAGUCGAUGCCAUCCAACAGAACAGCACCCACAUUUUCCAUAAAAUUCACUUUCCAAAUGACACAAAUGACAUAUUUGAGGUGACAUCUACGACUACAAUCCAAGAUCUGUGCUACAAUAUUGCUUCUCAGAUCAAACUGAGCUCGCCCGAUGGCUAUGGCCUCUAUUUGAAAACACCAAAUAAGAUGCUGAGCUUGACUGAGCAGAACUAUUUCUUUGACAGUUUACGGGAGGCAACUGACGUUUCAAAGAAAGGGAAGAAAGUCAGAGAAGUAAACUUAGCCUACGCUCUGAUUUUCAAGAGGAAGCUCUGGUUUAAUGUGAUACCAGGAAAAGACUUGGUUGCAGACCUCACCUUCCACUUCCCUCAGGAGCUGCCUAAAUAUCUGCUGGGGCAUCACAACUGCAGCAAAGAGGACAUGAUCAGACUCGGCGGGCUGCUUUUCAGAGCCAAAGUGGAUUCUGACAGGUCACAGUUUGUCAUGAUCCCCAAAAUGCUGAGAGACUUGGUCCCUGCGGACCAGAUCAAAAGCGCGUCCCCUGAGGAAUGGAAGAAGCACAUCAUGUCAUCGUACAACAAGCAGAGUGGCAUCACAGUGGAGGAAUGCAAAAUUGCCUUCCUGCAAGACAUAUCAAGCUGGCCAACCUUUGGCUGUGCCUUCUUUGAAGUGAAACAAACGUGUGAGUCAAGCUACCCGAGUCCAGUUUUGAUUGCCAUCAGUAAGCAAGGUGUGAGCUUAAUAGACCCAAAGUCAAAGGAGUUGCUGGUCAUGCACCCUUUCAGCCGCAUCACAGAGUGCCACAGCGUAGGCGGCUACUUCCAGAUGACCAUCGGCACCUUGGUCAGAGGGAACGUCUUUGUCUGUGAAACCUCACAGGGCCACACAAUGGAGGACCUUCUCAGAUCUUAUGUCAAGAUGUAUGAAAGGCAAAGGCAGGCCUUUCGAUCGAGAAACCACAUGUUUACUUGAGCUGCAUGAUUUACAGCAUAUACGCGCCAAAGUAAUUAAGAACAAGAAUAUUUACAGUAAGGUUUCAUUUUGCCAUUUUCAGCAUCUUCUUCAUUAUAAUUCCAAUUCAUACUUUGUCAUUUUGAAAAAAACAACAAAAACAAAUAUAUAUAUAUAUAUAUAUGCUCCUGUAUAGGUUUAUCAAGACUAUAAAUUAUACAACACAAUAAAUGUAUUUAUGUCUCAAACAAAUUGUAUAUCUUCAGCAGUCAUUUUUUAUUCACUUCUGUUUUAGCCAUUUUUUGCCGAGUUCUUAAAGGGGACAUAUUUUGCCGAACCAACUUUUUCUAGUAUUUGGGAUGUAAUAUUGUCUCUAUGGUGCCUAAAUUAACAUGUGAAAUAUAAAAUAAAAUCGUCCACGCAUUCAUGAGUUUCAGACGUUUUUCUGCCGAGAGGCCUGAAAUCAGGUCAUUGGAAUUUCUCGAGCUUAUCUACGUCACUAACAAAGAUCUCCGCCUACCUCUCCACUCCCGCGCCAGUGCUGUCGACCUAACAAACACGUGCUCUCUCACAAGUGUGUCUUCUACACGCAGGCAACCAAUCAGCGGAAAGGGGGCGGUCUUAGCCAAAUAUGGACAAAGCGGAUACAAAACUGGGUCAAACAGAAGUAGCUGUCAGAGGGGCCUUUUCUGGACCCUCGUAUGACAAAACCAAGGUGUUUUUUUAAAUUAUAUUGAUACUUUUCUACUAAGUCCAUGUUAGAGAGUCACGAUAUGGAGGUCGAAAUAGACAAAAUACACAACCUUUAAAUUGUUAGUAUACUGUACAUAAAACCCUUUUUUUGCCUCAAGCUACUCAUUCAUUCUUUUUGAUACACAGUAUUGAUUAAACAUGCACUACUUGCCACUUUAGACACCAAAUCUUUGCCCUUGUCAUUCAGUACAUUGAACUGCGCUUCUACAACCGCAAAAACGAACGUGGUUAGGAUGAUCCCCAUCUGGCAAUGUCCGUUAAAGUGAGCAUAAUCCUUUGAAAGCAGAAUUUUUGAUGCAGCUUUUGUACAGAAUCUUAACUUUGCGGUCAAAUAUUUUCAAUUGUUCAUAGAAAGUGUCCGUUUUUCAGGCAUUUUGUAAAAUGUCUGACAAAAUGUCCCGAAAUGGCCUGCCCGCAGCUCGGGAGGACAUCCAAAAGUGUGUGCUUGUGUUGCUGUGGAUUAUAGUCUAAAAUAGUACUGUAGUCACUUUAUACAAUCCUCCUCCUAGCUUUAAGACUAUUGCUCUGUUACCAUGGAAACCAUGUGCUCCCCAAAAAAUCAUGUUACCAUGGGCAGGUGCUCAUGAGGUGCAGUAUGUUAUUAAUUGGCAACAUGAAUGUACAGUACAAACAAUUGCAUUUUCAAAUACUGCUUUAGUUAUUGUGCAAGUUGUAUUUAAAUGGAAACACUAACUGAAACUUUGUCUUACAAAGGUCAUUAAAGGAAGAAAUGGCAUCCAAAGACUUGACUUCUGAAACCUUUUAAAUUGC